AUGGAAUGGUAUGCUGUAGGACCUCAACCGGCGUAUAAAACCUUUGAAGACAUUUUGAUAGUUCUCUUAGGAUCCAUUGUAGUGAAUGAGUGAGUGUGUUUGUGUACGUAUUUUGCCAUUUCUAACAUGUAAUAAAGCUUAUUUAUGUUUAUGUUUGACAAUGAUGCUUAACCGGUGUUGUGUUACGAAAAAUGUCUCUGUUAUUUUUAUUGUUUUUAUUUGAACUAUGCCUUUCCUUUGAAUAGACUUCACUUUGUACUUUGACGAUCUCGGUAUUUUCGACUGUAUAAGCCGAGCUUGUUGAAGUAAUAGCAUGUGCAGUCAAAGUACGGUUGACGAAUUCACUAUGGAACUGACAAUGAGCACCGCGAUCACAAACAAGCCGAAGAGAAAUAGUACACCUAGAAUAUAUAUUUAUUUCAAGACAAGUACAUGGAAAUCGCUUGUUAAUCCAUGGAGAGCUUUAUCAACGUCCGUUUAAACAAGACGUACUUAAGCAAAGACCUUCCUCGCUAGUUUCAAAGAACAAUUGCGUAGACUGCCCUGCUAUCGUACGGCUAGUUAACUAAUAUCGGCGACCAAGACACACACUUUGACUUCGCUUUCCACUGUUGUUCAACUGUCAUGUCCCUGUUGAACCGAUCGAUAGGAUCACGUGCGUUCGAAAGCUUGGUAAUAUCUUAUGAAGCGAUGCAUCAUGGGAUACAUGAAAUUCCUCCUUUUGAGAUCCGGUAAGGAAAGUGAGCAGCAUUUUCUUAAGACGAGGGAAAAGCUCUUUCAGAUUUACUCCCCAUAACUCUCUUUGCCGCAACUCGGUGAAUACAGUUUUCGCAUCCUGUUAUCUGCCAGGGGUCUGCUUAUAAGAAAACUUAGACCACCUGUAAGGCCCUUUUUGAAUAUAAUAUAAUUUAGGCGAGGUUAAACACGACACAAUGCUGGUCAGCGGUGUCCAUCACUCAUCGUAUGUGGGGCGGUCUUGGGCUCUAGCGGGGCUCUAGUAAUUUUACAGCGCUUUUGUUCAGGUCAAUCAUUUCGAUCACUUUGCCUGCGCGUGCAGUAGAUUUAGCCGGUUUUGCUGUGUUUGAAUCUCCUGUUGUGUCGUCGCAGUACCGUGUACGGUUCCGUUUUCAAUAUAUGACCUCGUGUUCGACGUAUAACAGAUCACAGUCGCUGUUCGAUGACAGCGGGAUUAACGCCACGAUCUCCGAUUCGGAGAUCGUGGCGUUAAUCUCGCAGACAGUUCAAGCUGCCAUGGCGGCCGAACGGGCCAAAGUUCUGUCUUCGACACUGUCUCCAGGGAGUAGUUCGAUUGCCUCUGCUACAAUUGGGGGCGUUCCCGCGGUGUCCCCAUGUUCACUGACUCCAGCGACGAUUAUUGCCCAACCAUGUGCAAGUAGGGCUGUUUCAUCCUCGUCUAUUAUUGUGCCGUGGUUCGUUUCGACCUUCGCUGCCGCCGCGAUGUCCGCUCUUUCACUUGCAUCUUGCGCGGCCAGUUUUCUCGCCGGACCUUCUCGGAACUCAGGUCACGCAGCUGUUGCAAGCGUGCUUCAACCUUCUGCUCUGGCCGUAGCUGAUCAACUGUUUGUUGAUGGGCCCGGCGUUUCUCCAGUUCUGGCGAAAUUUGUUUCGCAGAUCGUGGCCGGCAAGAACGUUGAUCUGUGCGGUCUGUUGCCUCGAAUCUACCGCUUUAAGAGCCUUAGUCCCAGCCUCUCCUCGGCAAUCGUUUGAUGUUGACGUCAUAGCCCGAAAAUCCCCCGCACGCAUCGGCAUUUAUUUUUAGCAGUAGUGUAGGGUUGGCUUACGAUCACGCCUUUCGCGAGCACGCGGCGGCAACUAAGCUCACGGACGGGCCGUGUUUUAGUUCGAUGCGGCUGGAGCCUCUGCUCGUACGCCCUAGUUUACCAAUUCUCCUGACUGGGAACCUGCGGGUUCUUCGGGAAGCUUAGUGGUUUGCAAGUUCUGGAACAGGGGGUGUUGCACUUUGCCUCUCUCUAUCUGCCGUUACGCGCCCCUGCUCCUCCUGCUCUGGUUCUCAUCGCGUAAUUGUUUGCCCAUUCUAGUCGCUUCCCCCUCGUCAACUGCAGGUUCCUCCUCGGGAGACAAGUCCCAACGUACUUAGAGUGUUUUCGUAUGGACUGAUCUGUAAAUUAGGGACACUGCCCCCUUUUUGUUUUAUUAUUUGUUUUUUGCUUUGUAUCAUUGAUUUCAGUUGUCCUCUUGUGUUUGUCAAUCCGGUAUUUUUGCGGUUUUGAUUUGUUACAUUCUCUCGGUUUUCGCAUUUUUUAGCUUAGUACCCCUUCUCACCCCAUGGGAGGUUCCUUGUUGUUAGCUUGUUACCGUGACUUAAUAAUGGUCUGGUGUUGUGAUUCUAUGCGGGAAAUUAGCCCAGUUUUACUUCUGAUCAAUUCAUUGUUCAUAUCAUGUUUUUGGUUUGUAAUUUGCCACCUGCUUGCGAAGCUUUUUCCGUGUUGUAGAGAUUUUCUUAAAAGUGUUUGCCUUUCACUCAGAGUAUUCCCUUUUCUUGAUUCUUCCCUUAGUGUCUCCCUCCUUCCACCUAGUCUCGGUGGUGAGUUCCUUGGAAGUCGCGGAAUUUGCGAGGGAAUUAAUUGAGCUCCCCGAUCAAGAGGCAGUCGGGUAUGUCCAUAAUGGGCUUCAGCACAGUUUUUCGGUUGGAGUUCCAGCAUAAUUGUAGGCUUUAGCCUGGUAAAUCGAACAUACUCUCCGCUCGUCAGCACCCUGCCGUUAUUGACGAUUGUUUUGCUAAGGAGGUCGCUCUUCACCGAGUUGCAGAUCUUUUUGCAUCCCUUCCUCUCCCUAAUCUUCGUGUUCACAGUUUUCGGGUCAUAACUAUAAAAGGCCAGCCCGGAAACGUUCCCCAGUUGGUCCAGUGUGAAUGAUGGUAUAAAGGCAGAGGGUUUUUUCCAUGCAAUACAUAACGGUCGACCAGAUUAUAGAUAUGGUAUCAAAGUAUGGGCCUGGGACGUUAAGAGCUAAUUUUUACAUCAAGGCAGCAUGCCGCAAUAUUGCCGUGCACCGGCUGAUCGUUUAUUUUUUUGGAGGGAUGAAAUGGCGGGGCAAGUACUUCGUAGAUUUAACCCCCGUUAUUUUUAAUUCAGUCGCAGGCAUGGUGGAAUGGAUGAUGUUGAACAUUCACCACCUCUCAGAUUCCCUUUCUCGACUUUGAUCAAUCCACCUUCGAGAUGGAGUGCCAACAGUUAUUAAUGGAGGUGCCAGCUCGUACCAACCGCAACUCGUACGCAUUUGUCCAGAACAGAUUCGUGGGGUGCGGCGCACAACUGGGACAACUAGGCCCAGACGGGUCUCCGUGCAGGGAGGAUGAAUGGACGCUCUGUUUGUUUGUCACUUGGCGCGUAAAAGUUCACUUGUCUGCCGUCCUCGCUCUUCAUAUCGAACAAGCCUUUCUGGACUCCCCUGUGGAUUACCUCGGGGUGUAGAGAAUGUUAUGCGGCAUCAAGCGAUUUGUAGAAGAAGCUGGGUCUACUCGUCACCAAGUCACAGAUCAGACUCUAUUACUUAUUUUCAAGGCUCUAGAUUUGAGCAAAAAAGAUCACACCAUGUUUUGGACGGCUUGUAACCUGCAGAUAUUUUGGUUUUCUUUGCUCUUCAGUGUUCACUGUUCCGAAUCUGGGCAGUUUCUCGCCUGAAAUUCACUUGAGCCUGGCGGACAUUGGUAUUUACUCUUGUGAUGCGCCCACAUGUUUUCGUGUUAGUCUGAAGGCCUCCAAAACUGAGUUUUCACAAGGGUUGUCUGAUCUAUUUUGGCAAAGGCAAUACCCCGCUUUGCGUUAUUAGGUUGCUUAUGGUUUAUCUAAGAAUUAAAGGAAACGGAGCUGGCCCGAUUUUCCUCUUUCAAGAUGGCAAGACCUUUGUCCCGCUCCUCGCUUACAGAUUAACUAUGCAGGAUUCUGAAGGGGAUGGUGUCCAAGGAUCUUUUUCAAGCGACAGCUUCUAACUUCGUGAGCGAGGGAAGUUGAUCACUUGGAGGUCCAAAUUUGCGUCGGUGGUCUGAAGCUUCUGGACUUGCUGCUCUUCCAGAUUGCUUCUCCUCCAGCAAGAACGUUCUGUGUCCGAUUCAAGAAAAGCUGGUUAAGCUUGUUUCUUGGUGGCCUCUUCUUCGUCGUAGGGAAUUUAAGUUCACUAUGGUAGGCUGGGACGGUUGGAUGCGUCUACGGGCGCGAUUUUUUUUCAAUAUAAGAUCGGACAACAAAACAGAGGACGGUGAAGUUAUGUGCGAAACUCGCUUGUAAUUUCUUUCGCAAAAGGCUCCAUUACUGAAGAGUUUGUUUUUUUCGAAGAAUACCAGUCAGGAGAAUAAGGGAACAAAUUAAAUCAGCUAGUUUUAAAAAACUAGUCGAUGUUUUUAUUUGAACUUUCCUUUCCUAAGCCAACACCUUUUUAGUUAAAGAAAUCUUUUCUUAAUAAAAAAAGGAGGCUGCAAUCAUAACUGUUAGGCCCAGUUCAAACGUCGAACUUCUCAUGUGCCGAAACUAAUGCACAAAUUACUAACAUUUAUUUUCACUUGUUUAAAGCAUUCGAGACCUUGAACAUCGUGAAAAUGAAUCUAGUUCGACUUAUUAAUUUCGACGUCUGAAUCAACCUCGAACUUAUAUCAUUUGGGUCGACCUAAAUAGGUAUUAAGUUCGGUACAUGAAAAGAUCGCCGUUUGAACUGGGCCGUACCUUUCUUUUCGGCAAUUUUCCUCUGCCAUGGACAACACUGGGAAGAAAACAAGCAGUCGCCACGCGGCCGCCAGCUAAGUUAUGAAUGAACACAGAUAUUUUCGCUUUUUUUUUAUUUCACCGAUAGGUAAAUCAAUGUAAACACAAGCCAACGCAUAUUUAACCCAUUGGCUACUGCGUUUUAGAAGAAAAGUGUCAAUACAUAUGCAUGAACUGUUAUCGGUUUCACCGUUGUCUUUACGACGAGAAACCCGGCGAAAACGUAGCGUCCCAGAAGGACAACGGUAAAAGGUCACGCGUGUUUUGCGUGACGUAACAUCUAUCCAACCGUCCCAGACGACCGUAGUGACCUAUUUUAAAUUUCCUAGUGUCUUUCGUACGGCGGUCACUGGUUGACAGGUGUCCCUUUUUACGCAUCCUGUCAGCAGUGUAAGCCUCCCCUUUAGUCGUGUCAGUUUGAAUUGCACCUAACGACAGCUUGCGCCUCGGCUCUGGCGAACGUGCUUUAGGUAGGUAUUAGGGCCUCUAGUCUUCUUCAGUGUUGAGUAGCUUUUCGUUUGUUUUAUUGUGAGGGAGCUUGGGGUUGGUGUUUGAUGCCUUUGGGGGAACCAGGUCCUGUGAAUCCCCUUGUUCCCGGUCCCUGGUUUUUUCCUCGAAGCACCUGUAGACUGGUUUCAGUAGUUGCCGCUCACAGGGCUGUCAUGGUUACCUUGCAAGUUCGCUUGCGGCUCCCUCAGUUUCACCAGUCACCUUCCACACACCCAUCUUGCUGGGAGACAAUGCUGGACAGGUGGCUCCGUCACAAAUCAUAUGUGGGGUGGUCUUGGGCUUUAGUAGGGCUCUAGUAAUUUUACAGCGCUUUCGCUGAGGUAAGCGUGCUGUAGCUUUAGCCAUUUUUGCUCUCAGCACUCCCUGCCCUCCAGCAUCUGCGAAUUUCUCCACUAAGAUUCUCAGUGUGACGGUGCCUGGUGGUUGCCGCCCACAGGGUUGUCAUGGUUGCCUUCCAGGCUCUCUUGCGGCUUCCUCAGUUUCACCAGGAAACUUCACCACACCCAUCUAUUGUUGAUGGAUUUAAAGAAAAGCUAACAUUUUCAGCCCUCCGGUUCCUUGAAGUGUUUUACCACUGUAUUACAAUUUUUAGGUGUGUGUCUAAUUGGGCUGUGCUUAAGAUUGCAUCUUCCUUACUUACCGAUUUCGCUGUACAUGUUUUACAAUAGACACAACAGGUGGUUCCAUUAGAUGAAGUCUGCAACAACAUAGAGGGUAACCUACCUUACUAAUAUCAGGAAUUAUUCCUUUAGCCGAGGCGAUUUCUCCUCCCGAAAGUAUGGUAGUCAUGUUGGGAAUGUAAUUAGUACUACUCAAGACCUUUUUGUCAGCACCAGAUGAUUCUCCAACCACGUCGGUUGCUUUUCCCCCCAAUCCUGUCAACUAGAAAAGAACAAAAAUAGAAUUAACCUCUUGGAUUGCUCAGUUACUCCAUGAUGGCCCUUUUUUUAUCUAAGGAUCAGUGCUGCAUACACCAAAGACAUGUUAGCUAGCAGGAAAUGGUCAUUUCAGAUAAAGUCAGUUACACUCAGACCCCGUUAAUACGGGAACCGAAUGCCUUAGAAAUUGCCGAUAUUAACGGGGUGUCCGUAUUUUAAAAGAGGAUCAUGUUGCUAAAGUUAAAAAACACCUUUUAUAAGAACAAAGUACUAAAGGACGACAUUAGGGAAAUUAGGACAUUAGGACAUAAGCAUCGUCAAAUUAAACAUCUCUAACUUUCACAAAGUCGUCAAUCCGUUGACUAAGUCUACAGGAACACUCAAAAAUUGCUCAUUUAUUUACUACUUAAUCAGGAGCCCAUGGUCAUGGUCAUGGUCAUGGUCAUGGUCAUGGGUCAUGGGCUCCUGUACUUAAUCAAAAUCGUUCUCUGUGUAACUAAUUUGAUGCCUGAAAAUAGUCUGAAAUUGAUGUCUACAAAUCAUCGCGUCCGGUGUACUGCAGCGCUGGAAACAUCCACAUGCUAGAUUUCUUAUUGCACCCUUGUUGGUAGAUGAGCGAGUCUCCGACGGUUCUUUUGCCAAUAUCCACCUUCUUUAACUGUGCUCUGGUGCCAAUGAGGGUGAACUCAGCCUUUCCGUCAUCGAUCUUUAGCUUGUCAGUAAUCAUCCACUUCCGUACGUCCUGUAUACAGGCUUCCAUGGCGACAACAGCCGAAUCUUGAGUAGCGCGGUCGUCUGGUCUAAAAGCGAGGUAAAGUUCCGUAUCGUCAGCGUAGCAGUGUACGGAAGGUAGGUGCUUGGUGACGAUUUCAAACAGAGAGCUUGUGUAUAUGGAAAACAACAAGGGACCCAGACAAGAGCCCUUUGGUAGACCAAAAUGCCUGUAAAACUUGUCAGAUCUUAAACCAUCAAUUACAAUUUGUUGAAUAGACAAGAUAAGUAGGAGCGGAACCACUCUAAAGCUGAUCCACUAAUCCCAACUUAUUUUCGACACGCUGAAGCAGUAUUGAAUGAUCAAUGGUAUGAAAUGCAGCGCUUAAAUCCAGGAAGACCAGUAACAUUACUUGUUUUUCAUUCAUGUUAAUUAGGAUGUUAAAAACACGUAAUAAGGCAGUCUCGGUACUGUGGAAUAGCCGGCAGGCUGAUUGCGACUAAGGGAAAAGCCCAUAUGUCAUCAUGUCAGAAGUUGUUUGUUGAGCAGCUGCUUUUCCGGAAGCUUAGACAAUAACUGGAGAUUGCGUACGGGCCGAUAGUUCUUUUUUUCAAGUUCCAGACUAGAUGUCUUUAGCUUCGUUAAAAUUAAAUUAAAACUUUAAUAAAUACUCCCAAAAAAAGGUUUUUCAGUACCUAUUUACAAAUAUAAAUGCAAGCUAUAUCUAACAAGCUAAUAAUUGUUAAAUGCUAACUGUCAUUCGAACUUUCAUUCAUUACAAGUUUCAGGGCUUUCUUAAAGGCCUUUACAGUUGUAGCGUUUCUAAGGUCUUCGUCUAACGUGUUCCACAGGGAUAUUGCUCUAUAGGCGAAGGUACGUUGGCCAGUGGCUGACCUGAAUAAUGGGAUUUCGAACUUCUCAUUAUUACGGGUUGUGCGAUUAUGUACAGAAGAUCGUUUUUUAAACUCAGCACAUAGGUAUUCAGGAGCUAAAUCGCUGGCACACUUACAAGCCAUAACAGCGUCUCUGAAUUUGAGCAUCUUGCUAACUGGAAGCCAGUUGAGUUCGUCAAGUAAUGGCGUCACGUGGUCAUAUUUCCGAGCGCCCCAGAUAAUUUUGCAGGCGAAAUUCUGAAUAAGUUGCAGCUUUUGGAUGUUCUUAGAUGAGGUAUGAACUGGCGCCCCUUUCAACACAUCAGAGAGCUGACCCUGUUCGAGGGAGAGAUUUAUCAUGGAUGAUAUACAGACACUCUUCAGCGAUGGUGGUAGGGAGCGGAUCAAUUUCACAUGACUUUGAUGGUGCACUUGUGAUAAGCGUCUUCACUGACUCCAGUCAGAGAGUCUCAAACUUGGAUAAGGCCAGGCGUUCCAGCAAAUAUGGUAGAUCUGGCUGGUUCCACUUGCAUCUAACUAAGUUCUCUAAGAAAAUCUGUUCAUUGGCCAAGAAACAAGUUUCCAUUGUCCGCAUUAACGGGUGCCCGUAUUAA